GGUGGAGCCGCUGGGUGGGGUCAGGGACAGGCAGCGGCUGGGUGGGGAGCCAGGCGAGCGGGGAGAGGCAGGCAGGCAGGAGAGCGAGCGAGAGCGCAGCAGCAGCGUCAAGCAAAGAGGCAAGCGCCGAGCAGCGCCGCCUGCCUUCUCGCCCGGCCCGGCCCGGCCCGGCCCGGCCCCACCCACUCCUCGCCCGGGUCCCCGCGCUCCAUCCCCACCCAUCCACCCUCGGGCCGGGAACCGCGCAGGAGGAGCCGAAACCAAAAGAUGGGGUCCCAGAGGCUGCAGGAGGAGUGACGGACCCAGCACUACCCAUCCGUGCAGGGGCAGAGACGGGGGGGAAGCGUCCCGGUUGGCAGGAAGCGUGACGAGGCAGGCAAGCUGCAGGCUUUGGCCACAGCAAGGCUCUCUCCAAGAUGAGUUCCUCGUCGCUGUUGGAGGACAGCUCCAUCGAGCCGCCGGUGCUGCUGAGCGACAUCAAGACGGAGCCCCCCGAGGAGCUGCUGGCCAGCGACUGCAACCAGCCCCAAGCGGAGCCGGUGGACUUAUCCCUCAACAAGCCCAAGGCCUCCCUGCAGCUUUCCUCCUCUUCCUUGCUGCCUUCCUCCAUCCGCUCCUCGCCCAUGCUGGCGACGCCUCCCAUCCCGGCCCCCGUGGUCUCUAUGUCGUCCACGGGGCUGGGCUCCUCCUCGGCCAUCCCGGCGGUGCUCUCCCCCGGCUCCAUCCUCGCCUCGACGCAGGGCAGUGGCGGCCAGCAAAUCUUGCACGUCAUCCACACCAUCCCUUCCGUCAACCUCCCCAGCAAGAUGGGGAACCUGCAGACCAUCCCGGUGGUGGUCCAGUCCUUGCCGGUGGUGUACACUACCAUGCCCAGCGAUGGCGUCACUGCCGCCAUCACAGUGCCACUCAUUGGCGGUGAUGGCAAGAACGCCGGAUCAGUGAAAGUUGACCCCAGUUCCAUGUGCCCCGUUGAGAUCAACAGCGACAGCGAGGACAGCACCUCAGAGAGCGGCCCGGCCUCCUUCCCAGACCUGCAGAGAGAGCCUUCUGUGGGACGAAUGCAGCGGGCCGAGUCCCCUGACUUAAAGAAGCGGCGGAUCCACCAGUGUGACUUCGAGGGUUGCAACAAAGUUUACACAAAGAGCUCACACUUGAAAGCACACAGGAGGAUACACACAGGAGAGAAGCCGUACAAAUGCACCUGGGAGGGCUGCACCUGGAAGUUUGCUCGCUCCGAUGAGCUGACCAGGCAUUUCCGAAAGCACACGGGCAUCAAGCCUUUCCGCUGCUCAGACUGUGACCGCAGCUUCUCGCGCUCCGACCACCUGGCUCUGCACCGCCGGAGGCAUAUCAUGAUGUGAGGGGGCAGCGCCUGCCCGCUCCGGCCACAAAAGCAACGAGAGCUGCUUCCUUCCCCUCGUGGGCUGGAUCCCUGCCUGGUCCUUGUGGCUGCCGCUGUGGACGGAGCGGACCCGGUCAAGAGCCACCCUUUCCCCUCCUGGGCCUUGCCAUCCACAGAACUCCAGAGAAGGAAGGGCCGUGGCCUUCUUCGGCUGCCCAGGGUUGUGCUGAUGAUGCAGUCUCUUCGAAGAAGCCAUGGGGCUGGCACGUGCUGCAAGAUGCAAACGUCGCAGUUGGAUGGAGGCCUCGCUGGCUGGAAUGGGUCUUUUGGCUUGCGGGGCGGCUCCUGCAGUCCCGGCAAAGAAAGCUAUGCGCCCCUUGAUUCUCUGCGGUGGAGUAAAGUGCAGGUCAAGGGGCUGGCCGGAACCCUGCGUCACGUGGCAAAGACCCUGCGGCAGUUUCGAGUCCCGGAGUUCUUCGCGUGGAUUUCCUGGUUGCAGCACAAAAACAGGAUUCCCUAAAGACCAGAAAGUUGCUGGGGGGGGGGGGGG